AUGUCUUCAUUGAAAAAGCAAUUGAAGGAAAUUCGCUAUUCCACUGUCGAAUCACUGAACCAAGAUAGCGUUUUGAAGAGUUCCGAAGUUACAGACAAGCUGGCGCCGGCGUCAUUAAAGAACGCAAUAACGACCAAGGUGAGCACCAACUUCUGGUCGAUUCAUAUCAAGAAAAACACAAUCGUAUACAGAUAUGAUGUUGAUAUCGAGCUAUACGGAAUCAACAUCAUGACCAAAGAUCCGCAGAAAUGCGAAAAAACAUUCACGGCGUCAUUAACUGGACCCAAAACCGACAACUGUGUGGCUACAGAAAGACACAAAAUUUGUCACGCAGUCUUAUGGAAGGCCCUCGACACACAUGGAGUCAUCAAUGAUGACACUGCCCGAGUAUACGACUGCGUCAGCUCGCUCUACACGUCAAACAAAAUCGACGCAUUCGAUUCCGGCAAAAUCACGCAGAUGUCAGUGGCCGUCGCCGACCUUCCUAAAGCCAUCCAAAAUCUGAUUCACUAUUCGAAUCCCAGCGUGUUCGUGAUUACGAUCGUGCCGAACGCGAGCAUCCCUUAUUUUGAUAUAUCGGAUUUUUCUAACGAAUUUCCCAAAAAUGUAGCAGAAACGAGCAAGAUUGUAACCAAUUUUUUGAAUCUGCUAACGAACCAAUCGGCUCGCGACCGCGGACUAACGGUGUUCGGAAAUGGCAGCAUAUUCGACAUGUCGAGACCAGCGCGCGACAAUAAGAAUGGACACGAAGAACGCGAUGGCGCGAAUAAAAGCAUCAAGUUCAUCGAAGGAUGUCCGAAUGCAAAGGGUCGGAAAGAUGGCGACACGACGCCGGCGCUCAUUCUGGAUUCAAAAGCUGGAACAUUUUUCAAGACGCAAACAUUUGCUGAAUGCAUUCAAGCUUAUUUCGGCCGACAUGUGCAUUUUGAUUGGAAAUCAAUAAACACUGAACAGAGAAGAGGGAUUGACAACACGUUGUUUUCGAAAAUAAAUAAUUACGUCAAGGGUCUUAAAUUCGAACCAACUUACAACAAGAAGUCGUACACAUGCGUCGGGCUAACCAGACUCCCAAUGUCUGAUGUCAAACUCGAACACAACGGUAAUCAAAUAACCCUCAUUGAUUAUCUGGCUCGUGUUCACAAUGUCCGUGGUCCGUUUAAUAAAAACCUGCCCGCAGGACGUGCAUUAAUUGGGGAUAAUAACAAGGAACGCGAGGAGCUGUUUGCACUCGAAACAAUGAUAUUGCUUCCGAAUCAGCGCGUUCCCAACGAGAAGCAGUUUGAGAAGCCCAGCCCGAUUCCCGUCAAAACUCGCUACAGCGAAAUUCAAAAAUUGCUGCACGAACUCAAUUUAGACGCUGGCGGAGCUAAUAAUAAAUAUUUGAAAAUGUUCGGUGUCACUAUUUCGGCAAAACCCAAAACAGUGACGGCGAUCCAACGAGAAGCUCCACGCAUACGUCAAAAUGGACCAAAGCUUGUUUGCGGAGUAUCUUGUUCCACUAUAGUUGUGGCUCAUGAUAAUAAGAAAAGUGUUGCCAACAACUGCUUGAAAUUAUUUCGCCAUGGCUGCAAACUGGCGGGCAUUUCCGUUGGCAAAUGGAUCAUCGAGGAUAUAAGUGCUUACAAGUUGGGCGCCGAUUACUUCGAGACCCUGAAGCGCAUGUUCACCAAGUGCAGCAACAAAGAUGAAACAGACCUGAUCAUAUUCAUCGAUGAUUUGGCUAAUAAUUCCCACGGAAGUCUGAAACUCGUCGAAAGGAUGUUUGCCAUUCCAUCGCAGUUGCUCACAACUGAGGUUGCGCGCGAGUUAACACCGGAUGGAAUUAUACUUCAAAACUUAAUCCAGAAAAUUAACAUCAAAUUGGGAGGACUGAACUACGAGAUCACUCCAGAAAUUAGCGCGCGGGAUAAAUGGAUAUCUAAUGAGAAUAUGCUGAUCGUUUCCUACGAUGUUGCUCAUCCUGGACAAGUGAAUACGAAUGAAUGUGUGAUGGUCCCCAGCGUCGUAGGAUUCUCAUUUAAUGGAGCUUCUCAUAAUGAAGCUUUCGUUGGGGAUUUUCACUAUCAGUAUCCGAAAAAGGAGCAAGUCGAAUCGGAUAUACUCAAGAGAAGAAUGAAGUGGAUGAUCGAGCAGUUUGUGGCCUACCGUAUAAGAUAUCCUCUAACGAUUUUGAUAAUCCGCGACGGUGUGUCCGAAGGACAAAAUCAAAUGAUAUUGAAUGAAGAACUCAACGCGAUGAGAACCGCCUGUCAAGAGGUGGCCAAACAGAUGAAUCUCAAGAACUGGUCGCCAAAGUUCGCAGUCGUGAUUGCCACAAAAAGAAGUUCUGCAAGAUUCUUCAAUCGGCUCGAUAGCAAAAUCUCAAAUGUCAAGCCGCUGACUGUAAUUGAUCGGGAUAUUACGAGAGUCAAUAUCAACGAAGCGUACAUCGUGUCGGCCAAUGCGUUUCAAGGAACUGCACAAGCUGUCUGCUAUCAGUUGCUUUUGAAUGAGAUCGGCUUUAAGGACAUGGACGAGGUGGAGGCACUUAUAUUGGCGUUGAGUUCCCAUCAUCAAAUUUGCAAAACUCCCAUUUCAUUGCCCGAGCCGGUUUAUCAAGCUGACAAGUGGUCGAAAAGAGGAAACGAAAUGUGGAAAGAAUAUGGUCGAAUUCGGGACAUCCCGAAGAUCAAAAAUCAAACAUGUGCGGACUUUGAAUUGAUGACAGAAAAUCUCGCAUAUUGGCCUUCUCCAACCGGACCAUCGCGAAUUAAUGCUUAA